UUACCCAAAUUAGCCCAACAACGUAAUUUAGUCCUUUCUGCGCAUGUCAAGGUCUUUUGUCCCUCGGCGGACACCGUUUGCCAGCCAAAGCUAUGUCUCCGCGUUUGCCGACUUCUUAGGGUGCCUUUUUUUCCAAGCUUGCCAUGGCGAGCCGAGGGGCUCGGCAGCGCCUGAAGAGCAGCGGGGGCAGCGCCGGCAGCGGUGGGGACACGGCCCCGGCCGCGGACAAGCUGCGGGAGCUGCUGGGCAGCCGGGAGGCGGGCGGCGCGGAACACCGGAGCGAGUUAUCUGGGAACAAAGCAGGACAAGUCUGGGCACCUGAAGGAUCUACUGCUUUCAAGUGCCUGCUUUCAGCAAGAUUAUGUGCUGCUCUCCUGAGCAACAUCUCUGACUGUGAUGAAACAUUCAACUACUGGGAACCAACACAUUACCUCAUCUAUGGGGAGGGCUUUCAGACUUGGGAAUAUUCCCCGGCAUAUGCCAUUCGCUCCUAUGCUUACCUGUUGCUUCAUGCCUGGCCAGCUGCAUUUCAUGCAAGAAUUCUACAAACUAAUAAGAUUCUUGUCUUUUACUUUUUGCGAUGUCUCCUGGCUUUUGUGAGCUGUAUUUGUGAACUUUACUUUUACAAGAUAUGGAAAUGCAGAGAAUUUAUUUUAAAUUGUUCUGAGUUGUUGUUACCUAAUCUCAAACUUUUGUCCUCCUCCAUUUAUCAUUUCUUUACUCUUACAGCAUUCCUUCCUAGUAGCUUCUGUAUGUACACAACAUUGAUAGCCAUGACUGGAUGGUAUAUGGACAAGACUUCUGUUGCUGUGCUGGGAGUAGCAGCUGGGGCCAUCUUAGGCUGGCCAUUCAGUGCGGCUCUUGGUUUACCCAUCGCCUUUGAUUUGCUGAUCAUGAAACACAGGUGGAAGAGUUUCUUUCAUUGGUCACUGGUGGCCCUAAUACUCUUUCUGGUGCCUGUGGUGGUUAUUGACAGCUACUAUUAUGGGAAAUUGGUGAUUGCACCACUCAACAUUGUUUUGUAUAAUGUCUUUACUCCUCAUGGACCUGAUCUUUAUGGUACAGAAUCGUGGUAUUUCUAUUUAAUUAAUGGAUUUCUGAAUUUCAACAUAGCAUUUGCUUUGGCUCUCCUGGUCUUGCCACUGACUUCUCUUAUGGAAUACCUGCUGCAGAGAUUUCAUGUUCAGAAUUUAGGCCACCCAUAUUGGCUUACCUUGGCUCCAAUGUAUAUUUGGUUUAUAAUUUUCUUCAUCCAGCCUCACAAAGAGGAGAGAUUUCUUUUCCCUGUAUAUCCGCUUAUAUGUCUCUGUGGCGCUGUGGCUCUUUCUGCACUUCAGAUUCCAGGAUAUCAUGGGCCCCUUGAUUUGUAUCCAGAAUUCUACCGAAUUGCUACAGACCCAACCAUCCACACUGUCCCAGAAGGCAGACCUGUGAAUGUCUGUGUAGGAAAAGAGUGGUAUCGGUUUCCCAGCAGCUUCCUUUUGCCUGAUAAUUGGCAGCUUCAGUUCAUUCCAUCAGAGUUCAGAGGCCAGUUACCAAAACCUUUUGCAGAGGGACCACUGGCCACCCGGAUUGUUCCUACCCACAUGAAUGACCAGAACCUAGAAGAGCCAUCCAGAUAUAUCAACAUCAGUAAAUGCCAUUAUUUAGUGGAUUUGGAUACCAUGAGAGAAACACCCUUGGAGCCAAACUAUUCAUCCAAUAGAGAAGAAUGGAUCAGCUUGGCCUACAGACCAUUCCUUGAUGCUUCUAGAUCUUCAAAGCUGCUGCGGGCAUUCUAUGUUCCCUUCCUGUCAGAUCAGUAUACAGUGUAUGCAAACUACUCCAUCCUCAAGCCCCGGAAAGCAAAGCAAAUAAGGAAGAAAAGUGGAGGUUAGCAACACACCUGUGGCCCCAAAGGACAACCAGCUGGUUAACUAGGGAUUCAGCUGAUCUGACUCCCUCCAAGUCAUCGCCUGUAACAUUUAUAAUAAAGGUCUCCUGACAUGAAUGCUGGAA